UUGAAUUUCUACUGUCAAGAAACUUUUCAGGUGAACGAUGAUCGCAUUCUUCGAUCAUGCGUGAAUUACACGCAAUCGGAACCGGCACCAGAGUCGCUAUUCAGCGAUGUCAAAGUUCCACAAGGGCGAGAAAUGCCAAACAUCUACCGUAACCUAGUGCUGUUGACCGAGGAUCGAGUGCUAAACAUGAAAGCGAUGUGUCAGCAUAUUCCAUGUCGAACAAUGGUACGGUUUAUGAAAUGGGCGAAAAUCAGCUAG